GCCUACACCGCCCCCCGCCCCGCCCGGGGCAGGGCCGCGCUGCUAUGGCGGCGGCGGUGGGCAAGGCGGCGGCGGCGGCCUACGGGCACGGCGAGAGCGGCGGGGGCCGCGGCGGCGGCUUCCUGGGGCCGCGAGUGCCGGUCGAGGUGGAGGCCAUGGCCCGGGGCGUGCAGGACAUAGGCAAGGAGACCUUCCGGCGGCUGCUCAGAGUUGCUGUUAAUGCAUUGGAAGGAAAAGACUGCAAGGAAUCUGUCAAGCUGAUUGCAGAAAGCACAAAUCUCUCAGAAGAGCAACUUGCAUUCCUCAUUUCUGGCAUGUACACCCUUCUCCGAGAAGCACUGAGACUGCCCUUAUCAACUUUCAAGCAAGAAGUUUUUAAGGAAGACCUAAAGGAGCUCAGGAUACCGGAAGAUUUCAUUGUGGACUUCUCCAGCAUAGUCUUUGGUAACAGGCGGCCCACUUCCGAAGGCACAGCUCUGAUACAAGGAAGUAGGUUGCCAAGCAUCCAGGACUUGAAGUGGAGAGUGGACGUAGCUAUAUCCACAAGUUCACUGGCCCGUGCACUUCAACCAUCCAUUUUAAUGAUGAUGAAGCUUUCAGAUGGGACAGCUCAUCGCUUUGAAGUGCCAGUUUCAAAGUUUCAAGAACUGAGAUACAAUAUUGCCCUUAUACUGAAGGAAAUGAAUGAUUUGGAGAAGUGGAGCAUACUGAAGAUCCAGGACUGAAUACUUCUAGGUUGGGAGUUUAUAGACCAGAUCUGAAACCCUCAGCAAGUUUUGUGAAUGGCAAGGCAGAGGACCAUCACCACUUUGCCUGUCUGAACUUCAGUGUAGCGUUUAUGAUGUCUGCUGUAAAUAUUUUUUCUGAUUCAAGUGUUAAAAGCACAAGCUCUUUUCAUAAGACUUAGGAAAAACAAAGUAUCUAUGAAAAAGUAUAAUGCUGCUUGCAAGCAUUUUUUGUAUGAUUCAUCAAAACAUUUAAAUAACUGUCUUAAUAGAUGUAAGAGUCAUUUAUUUCUGAUUGUGAUUCAUCACUAAUUAUUUUUGAAAGCCUGUUACCGGAAGCCACAUCAAUGUGUUUCAUAAGAAAGCUCUGCAGUAUCUCAAAUAAAAAAUAAAAUUAAAAAAACACUCCUGUGCUCUAGUAUGACAAA